UUCUCCUAUUUUUAGAGUUGCCAUAAGUACUAUAUGAGUGAUGAUAUUAGCCGAGAUGCAGAUGGUAUGGAUGAACAAUGCAGAUGGUGUGCUGAAGGUGGAAAUCUGAUUUGUUGUGAUUUUUGUCACAAUGCAUUUUGCAAAAGCUGCAUCUUGCGAAACCUGGGUAGGAAGGAACUAUCCAAUAUUAUGGAUGAAAACAAAAAGUGGUACUGCUAUGUAUGUAACCCAGAGCCUUUACUGGAUUUGGUGACAGCGUGUGACAGUGUAUUUGAGUGUCUCGAUCAGCUGUGGCAACAAAACAGAAAGAGGAGAGACUUUGAUAAAUUUAAAUUGGACAGUGAUAAAUGCAAAUCUCCCGGUCCUCAUGACAGUGACAAGUCUAUGGAUCAUGAGUAUAAAAAUGCUCAGAGAAUUUCCAGUAAAGAUUGUAAUGGACAAGAAAAGGAUGAAGACACAUUAACAGCCCUUUCUCCAGGUUCUGGAAGUAUUUUAUAUUCUUAUAAGGCACUGAAAGUGCCAAAAGAAAUUCUGAAGAAGGCUCGCAAGCUAAUAGAUACAACAGCCAACUUGAAUAUUAGUUUUGUUAAUUUUUUAAAACAGAAAGACUUGAAUGAAUCUGAGUCUAAUGUAAGCAUGAGACAGUUGAAAGCUUUUAAGUCUGUGCUUGGAGAUCUAAAAAAAGUUCAUCUUGCAUUGGAAGAAGUUGUAGAUAGAGAGAUUCAGGAUUUGGAAAGAAGUAAGAAACAUGCUGGAUCAUUACAGGAUUGUGUUAAGAAAUUUGAGGUGUUGGAUUCUACUAACAGUGAAAACUAUUUAUUACCUGAUCGGACAAUUGCAGAAAACUCUGUUUCACCUGAAGAUGAAUCUGAUCAGAUGGAAGUGUCAGUAGUGUCAAGUGAACCAGACAAGAUUACUGAAGAACAACAAAUGUCAGUAAAACAAAUCAGUCCACUAGUACUGGAUUCAAAAAUGCCUAGAAUUGAAACUGAUUGUAUAUCAAAUGAAGAUCUGUUGGUCAAAAAUGAAGUUGUUGCUAAUACUGAAAAUCCGGGUCUUGUACUAGAAUCCGAGAUGGCCGAAGCAACAUUACUUAACAGUUUAGAUGAAGCUUUAGAUAUGGGUUCUGUUGCUUCAUUGACUGAAGGUUUGUUUGGGGCAACUGUCUCAUUGCUACCAGAUCUGGACACAAUGGAUAAUUCUGCCAGUAACAGCACACUGUUAGAUACUACAUCAACUAAAGCACCUGCUGAAAGCCAGAAUUCUGAAAAAUCCUCAGAGUUGGACUCUGAUUCCAGUGUUAAAUCUUCAGCUAAGUGUGAAACUUUAAGUAAGCUGACGCUGGCUUCACUUAAGAGAUCUAAAAAAACUGCAAAAGGUACAGGCAAGAGAAAACUGUUUAAGGAUAGACAAGAUACUGCAGCAAUAGAUGAUGCUGAAGGUGUUGCUGAAAUGGAUGAUAAUGGGAGGGACACUGAGGCAGAGGAUAAUGAAGUUGCUGAGGCAGUGGCUAAUGGGAGUGAUGCUGCUGUGGUAGUGGAUAAUAGCAGUGGCAACAAAGGGCAUGUGGUGGAGAGUGAUGCAGGCAGUGCUGGCGACAAUGAUGGAAAUGAAGCUGAUGGUGAUGAUACUGGGUAUGGAGUUGAUAGCCAUGAUGAUGCAGAAGGUGGAGAAAGAAUCAGUGCUGCAGAAGAUUCCAUUAAAGGCAAAAAAAUCAAGAAAAAGAAUCAAAGGGGCAAUUUAAAAAUUUCAAAAAAGAGGAAGAAGAAAUCAGAUGAAGCAAUCGAAGACGAUCUUGAAAAUGAUCCUGUAAAUGAUGCUUCAGUUCUGUCAGAGGAUGCUGAUACCAGGCGAUCACCUCGCAUAAAAACUACACCCCUGAGGCGUCCUGGUGGGGCAGGAAUUGUGAACUCCAGAUCUGAAGAUGAUACUGAUAGUACUGGUGGUAAAAAGCGUAGAAGAUUGAAAAGGGAAUCUAAAGGUAAAGACAAAGUUGACUCUUCGGUGAAAGUAAAGACUGGCCAAUCAAAAACAGUCAGCAAAAGUCUCAAGUGUGAGAUGCAAGAAUCGGAUCCUGAUAAGUCAGAUACACCACAUCAAGCUAGUGUGCAAACUACCUCUGACUCAGAUGAAAUUCCUGAGGUAUUGAAAAAGGCAGCAGUGAAAUGUGAGAGCUCAUCAGAUGUGGAUAACAAAGAUAGUGAUUCAUCCCAAAGAAUUAUUAAAAGGACGAGUCUGUUUGGUUUGAGAAAACGAAUGCCACAGUCUAGUAGCCUUAAACGUAAAAGGAAGUGCUCAUCUUCGAGUUCAGAUUUUGGUGGAAAAGAGAGAAAAAGAACUAGUCAAAGGAUUAGUGUUGCUAACAAAAAAAGACAGCAUCGUUCAGACUCUUCGAACUAUGAUUCUGACCUAGAAAAAGAGAUAAAGAACUUGAGUAAAAUCAGUGCUGCUAAAAAAUCAUCUUCAAAGAAAACAAAAAGACAGAUAACCAAGGAAGAUGGGGAUGAUUCAUCCAAAGAUGAGAGAGUUUCCACAAAUUCUGCUCCAGAAAAAGCAAAAUUAAAACGAAAGAAACGAGCUGUGGGGAGAAAGCAAAGCUCCUCAUCAUCGUCCGAUGAAGAUGAAGAAACUGAACAAGGGGACAAGCAGGACAUGCCUGGAGAAGAUAGCAGUGAUGAACAAAAGAUACAGCCUAUCAUGGAAAACGUUGUUCUUGCUGCAGGAUCAGGAUUUUGCCAGUCAUCAGGUGAUGAAGCGGAGGGAAAUUCAAAAAAUGUUCCCCCAUGUGCCAGUGAUGACUAUGAUGAUGACCCUGAGAAUAGAAUUGCUAAGAAAAUGCUGCUAGCUGAAAUAAAUGCAAAUUUGUCAUCUAAUGAUGAUAAGUCUUCAGAAGAGGAAUCUGAAGAAGAAAAGAAGAAAUCCGACCCAAAAAGUGCAGCAGAAGAAGAUGAAAAUGGUAAGGAGAAGCAG